AUGUGUGAAUAUCAAGGUUAUGCAAUAUUUAGUUCUGUAUCUUUUGUCUGUCCUCACCAGUCCGACAAAGAAAAGAACAUGCUUCACAUCACUGACACUGGCAUUGGCAUGACCAAAGAAGAACUGGUGAAGAACCUUGGUACCAUUGCCAAAUCCGGAACCAGUGAGUUCCUCAACAAGAUGACUGAGAUGCAGGAUGAGGAUCAAUCCACCUCUGAGCUGAUUGGUCAGUUUGGUGUGGGCUUCUACUCUGCCUUCCUUGUGGCUGAUAAGGUCAUCGUCACCUCCAAGCACAACAACGACACCCAGCACAUCUGGGAAUCCGAUUCCAAUGAGUUUUCCAUCAUCGAGGACCCUCGUGGAGACACUCUGGGCAGAGGCACCACCAUUACACUGGUGAUGAAAGAGGAAGCUUCAGACUACCUUGAGCUGGAGACCAUUAAGAACCUUGUGAGGAAGUACUCUCAAUUCAUCAACUUCCCGAUCUACGUAUGGAGCAGCAAGACUGAGACUGUAGAGGAGCCCAUUGAAGAGGAGGAGGCUGAGGCAGAGAAGGAAGAAGCCACUGAAGAUGAAGCUGAGGUUGAGGAAGAGGAUGAAGACAAGGACAAACCGAAGACUAAGAAGGUGGAGAAGACUGUGUGGGACUGGGAGCUGAUGAAUGACAUUAAACCCAUCUGGCAGAGGCCUGCAAAGGAAGUGGAGGUGGACGAAUACAAAGCCUUCUACAAGACCUUCUCCAGGGACUCUGAUGAGCCCAUAGGUCACAUUCACUUCACCGCUGAAGGAGAGGUCACCUUCAAGUCCAUCCUCUUCAUCCCUGCAUCUGCACCCAGAGGCCUUUUCGAUGAGUAUGGCACCAAGAAGAAUGACUUCAUCAAACUGUUUGUGCGUAGAGUCUUCAUCACCGAUGACUUCCAUGACAUGAUGCCCAAGUAUCUCAACUUCAUCAAAGGCGUUGUGGACUCCGACGAUCUGCCACUGAAUGUGUCCAGAGAGACUCUGCAGCAACACAAACUGCUCAAGGUCAUCCGUAAGAAGUUGGUGCGCAAGACCCUGGACAUGAUCAAGAAGAUUGCCGAGGAACAGUACAAUGACAAGUUCUGGAAGGAGUUCGGCACCAACAUCAAGCUGGGAGUGAUUGAGGAUCACUCCAACAGAACCCGCCUGGCCAAGCUGCUCCGCUUCCAGACCUCCCACAGUGAUACCACACUAUCUAGUCUGGAGCAGUAUGUGGAGAGGAUGAAGGAGAAGCAAGACAAGAUCUACUUCAUGGCUGGAACCAGCAGGACGGAGGCUGAGUCUUCUCCAUUCGUGGAAAAGCUUCUUAAGAAAGGAUAUGAGGUCGUCUACCUGACUGAGCCAGUGGACGAGUACUGCAUUCAGGCUCUGCCUGAGUUUGACGGAAAACGCUUCCAGAAUGUGGCUAAGGAAGGCGUUAAGUUCGACGAGAGCGACAAGGCCAAGGAGAAGAGGGAAGCUUUGGAGAAAGACUUCGAACCCCUCACCACCUGGAUGAAAGAGAAGGCCCUGAAGGACAACAUCGAGAAGGCCGUUUUGUCUCAGAGGCUGACCAAGUCUCCCUGCGCUCUGGUUGCAAGUCAGUACGGAUGGUCUGGCAACAUGGAACGGAUCAUGAAAGCCCAGGCUUACCAGACAGGAAAAGACAUUUCCACAAAGUACGUCCUUUAAACA